CGAAAACACGGAUCUCAAACCGGAAGUAGCGAAUUAUGUUGGUAAAAUCGGCAGAGUUGUGAAGACUUGUGAGAUCGCUGAAUGUUAGUUGUGUGUGAAGUGUGGUGUCUUAGAAGACCAUCAUGUCAUCUGACCUGCUGGUAGAUCUGCAUGAUGAUCUUGGAGGGGACGACUCUCCUAGCGCUGCUCUGGACCAGCUCAAACUGGUACAGGACAAACAGUGGCCACCUGAUGACCCUGUUAGCCUGAGCAAAUCUGUUUCAGAUAUUAAAAGUCUUGGUGGCACCUCACACCUUUCCAGGGACGACCCCUUCUAUGACAUUGCAAGAUAUAAGAUUGUGGAGGUUGCAGGUGAUGAUAACUUUGGUCGGAAGGUCAUUGUUUUUAACGCUUGUCGCAUACCCCACCAAGAUCUGCUGGACCAACAUAGACUACUCAUGUAUUUGAAGCAGACUCUUGAUAAGUAUGUGGAGAGUGAUUAUACACUCAUCUACUUCCAUCAUGGUCUGACCAGUGAAAACAAGCCCUCUCUCAGCUGGCUUCGAGAUGCCUACCGGGAGUUUGAUAGGAAGUAUAAAAAAAAUAUCAAGGCACUCUACAUUGUCCAUCCCACCAUGUUUAUCAGAACAAUACUUAUUCUCUUCAAACCUAUCAUCAGCUUUAAGUUUGGCCGUAAAAUAAAUUACAUAAAUUACUUGAGUGAGCUGGAGGAGAUUAUGAAGUGUGAUCAACUGGUGAUUCCCAACAGAGUCAGAGAGUAUGAUGAUAAGAUCCGUCUGUCUCUGAAGCCAUCUGCCAUCCCUGGGCCAAUAUCUCCUCGUAGUCCUCCCCUUCCUUUCCAGCAGUUUGGUGUACCACUGUCUACAUUGAGACAAAGGGUAGCAGACUCUGAGCCAAUUCCACUAGUGAUGCGUGACACAAUUGGAUAUCUGCAGGAGCAUGGUCUUCAGACAGAGGGAAUAUUUCGGCGCUCUGCCAAUGUUUCUCUGGUUAAGGGUGUAAAGUUGAAAUAUAACUCAGGCGAGGAAGUGAGUUUCUCUCAGAUGGAUAAUAUCCACUUGGCAGCUGUGAUCUUGAAGACAUUCCUCAGAGAACUGCCAGAACCACUUCUGACCUACCAGCUCUACAAUGACAUUGUCAAUUUCCACAAUGUGGACAGUGAGUCUCAGGCAGAAACAAUUCGGAACAUGUUGCUGUCCCUUCCUGAGGAGAACUAUGCACCUCUCUACUUCCUUAUACGGUUUCUUGCUCAGGUGUCUGCUGUGAGUGAAGUCAAUAAGAUGACCAAUGUCAACCUGGCUGUGGUGUUUGGGCCCAACUUGCUCUGGGGGCAAGAUGCAGCCAUGACUCUCAGCGCAAUCGGACCAAUCAACAACUUCACCCGCAUCCUGCUUGACCUACAUCAGGAGAUCUUUACCCAGUGAGCAGCAGCAGCAGAACUUUGACUCCAUACCCUAUUGUUGCACCUCAUCAUUCCAAAGGUUCACUCAUCUGUUGCCAUGUCCCGCCCCUAGUGUCUUUCUUAGUGUUGCCAAAUGCACAAAUUUUAUCAGGUCUGUAAGCAGAGACUUAAAUAAAUGAACCAACAAUGAAAACAGGUUGCCAUUUUUGGGGCUUACAUUGCGGUAGAUAUUCAGCUGUAGGAUCAGUUUGAAUUCAUUUCAGUUGGUCUUUCAAGGGGUACAAUUUUAAUCAGUUUUUGAGAUAAUGUACUUCCUCUUAUUUGUAAGUCAUAGUUGGCACAAGCUAUGGAUCAGUAAAAAGCACUACUACUUAAACUUUAAACACUUCUUUUAAACGUGUUUUUGUCCUCUGACAUAAAGUAUAUGUAAAUGUUUUGUCUUUAAAAGCUUUCAUUUAAUUUUCAUUUAUAUUAUCAUAUCCUGAUUCCUGAAUAAUAUUAUUAUUUCUAUAACUGUAUCGCUAUCACCUCCACAGAUAUCUCUUUUGUUGUCUCAGUGGUUCCAGGAGCAGGGCAGAUGCUAUAUGGCAAGCACAAUAUCACUACAAAUGUUCUAAUGACUCACAGAUGUUUUUGAAGCAUGAUGCUUACACUGAUCACGAGAAGCAGUCUGGCAUGAAUUAUUCUUCAAUCAAAAUUCUUGAUAAUACAGUAAAUACAAAUACCUGCCAAAGUUGUGUGUGUGGUUUGUUUAGUAAUGCUGCUGUGUUAUUCUACCAACUUAUUUAUUUUGGCCAAAGAUUAUAUUGUUACAAUGUUUAUGUGAUACAUUUUAUUUGUUAUUAGAAGAUGUACUGCCUGUCAAAGCCCGUGCUAUGGUACAUGGGCUCAUUUGAAACAAAAGCCCAAAUCUAGGUUGAAAAGGCAAAGAAUCGUUUGAUGUCAUUUUGUCCUGUUGGUGAAAUUGUUGAUGUUUUUAUCUAUGAGAAAACAUAUCAUAGCGUACUACUGGUGUCUGUGUACAUAAACACAAAGUACAGCAACAUUUCAGUAUUUAUCACAGGGCUCUGUACUUGAAGAUCCACAUUAUAAUUUUUUGAUACAAGGAUAUGAAACAGUCACAAAGGAUGGUUGUUUCAUUGAGCUAAACGUCCAAAAGAACCAUAAAGCAGGUACGUGCUAAUUGUUUAGCACUAAUGAUUUAAGUGUCAUAUGCCUUGAUUAUUGAAUUGUAACUGUUUACUGUUUCAUGUAAAUGUCCUAUCAAUGUCAGAACUUCGGAGCAUUGACAAGUGGACCAGUGGCUUAAAUAGUUUUCGCAAAGCUCCUUCAAACCCAUGUGUCUAUGUGCCUUAUGAAUUGGCAAUGAUAUUUGCUGAUAAUUCCCUUUAUUUGGACGGAUCUGUGAACUUUGUGCCAUUUUGUUGUAUCUGUAUCCAAAUGCCUACCUGUUUACCUCUACUGUAGACGCGUAUUUCUGGUUUCCAGGUGAAACUUUGCAUUACUUCUUUUGUGAAGGUUCUUUUCUUCCAUUUUGGCUGUUAAAGGGUAUUAUUCCUUUACUUUUGAAAUCUUUACUUUUGUAUAUCAUGUGAUAAAUUCAGUGUAAUAAACUGUUACAGAUUGUGAAA